AUAACACAAGCACUGUACAGUCGGGGAGAUUAUUCGGCGUAAAUCACGAAAAGGUCAGAUGGUUUUUAAUCCCACAAAACGGACUAAAACGAAUUAAUCGUACUAAUUUACGGCGACAAAACGUACAUUUGAAUCAAUUAAUUUAUAUACUGACCAAUACACGUAUUUGUUAUUCUAAGAGGAAAGCGAGAGGGACACUACUCUUUAAAAAAACCUGGUGAUGUCUCGUUCAAUGUCAGUAUUACUGGUGGGAGAAGGGAACUUUUCCUUUUCUGCUGCUUUAUGUAGCUUGCAAGGUUCAUCGCAAAUGGUCACGGCGACUUGUCUGCAGCCGCAGGAGGAGACACUGCGGCAGGAGGGUGCAUCUGAUAACGUUCAGACCAUCAAGGACUCCGGUGGAAGGGUGCUGUUCGAGGUGGACAGCACAAAGCUGGGGGAAAACGUGUCCUUGCAGGGUCAUAUUUUUGACCGUGUUAUAUUUAACUUCCCACACUGCGGGAGGAAGAGUGGUGUUAAAAAGAACCGCCAACUUCUUAAAGACUUCUUCCUCAGCUGCGUUCAGUUGCUGGCUGAAGACGGGGAGAUCCAUAUUUCUUUGUGCAACGGACAAGGUGGCACGCCGGCCGACCAGCUGAGGCGAGAGCGGCACAACAGCUGGCAGGUGGUUGCCAUGGCAGCAGAGGCGCACCUCAUCCUUAGUGAUGUCCGCCCUUUCCAGGGUGAGGAAUACCAGAACUACAAGUGCACCGGAUACAGGAGCCAGGAUAAAGGCUUUCAUCUGGAGAACGCUUUGCUCCAUGUGUUCACUCGCAGCGUCCCCUUCAGUUGCCCUCAAGUGUGUAAAGUGGAGGAAGUAAUUGAAGGACAGAAGGUCCAGUACAACAUUCCAGCUGAGCUCAGUGAUUUCAUUUCCAGGGGUUUCCUCUCAGCAGAUUCUAUCCAUCCCGUCAAACUGGUGCAGGACUUUCUACUGGGAAGCUUACAUGAAAAGUGGGCAGUCUCCAUGGCGACACGGACCCCUCCUUUCCUCAUCACGGCUAAACAGCUGCACACAUGCUGCCCUGAUAUUAAAAACACACUCUGCUACUGGAUUCAUGCCUGUCAGGAAGACCUGUACUGUGAGGCUUGCAGCUCCACAGGUAAAGAUGAAGGUCAGGAGUGUUUUGACAAAAGGAGGAACUGUGCUAACUCAGAGUGCAGGACUAGGAAGGGAUUAAAUGGGAAGAGGUCACUGUGCUGUCCUGACUGUGAGGGGGAGACUGCUCGUUUUGUGCUGCGUCCUUCACUGGGCCCCCAGAUGGAGGAGCGUCUAACUGAAAAAGAAGAGUGGAAUCCUGGAGAAACAACAGUGGAAGAUAACCAGAGCUUGAAUGGUGUGAAAAGCUUACUGUUUGGCAUCAGUGGUGUGGUGUUCCACAAUGUUCCCGUCAGCCUCUGGUCUCAGCCUGCCUUUCACGAGCUCCUCCUCACUGGCGUAUUGCCAAAAAAGUGUGAGCCAGCUAAAGUUCUCCAGCAAACUUUGGAGAGGCUGCUAGAUCCCUAUGGCGUAUCCAUGGUUAUCGAGCAGGGAGGUGUACAUCUGAUGGCACAACCGAUGGGGUUGAUUGGUAAAGUGCGCACAAGUGACACAAGUAGCCACCUUCGUGUGACUGUGUCUUUGAACUUGGACCACCUUGCCGUGCUCGUAUUCUCACUUCCAGACUGGCGGCUGCUGUGGUCACAUGACCCACGUUUCUUGAAUGAAUUUGAACUCCGGCCCUCGCCUGGAUCACCUUUCACCCCUUUCUCCCUCUACCCCGAGCUCUUCAGCUUCGAUAUCAGCCUCUGGACAGGGACGAUGUGGGACGAAAAGAAGUUCCACGCGUUGGUCCGAGAGGCCACCUGCGGGGCGGUGGAACACGUUAAACUCAUUGACAGAUUCUCGCAUCCGGACCUGAGCCAGACCAGCUGCUGCUACAGACUCAUCUACCACUCACACACACAUGCGCUGUCUCACACACAAGCCCUCCAGUUUCACAAGCGCUUGGAGUCGUUACUUUCAUCACGCUUGGAAGUCACGAUUAGGUAGCAGCUGAAUAUUUUUAGAACUGCAAAUUACAUUUUGAAAUUAAAACAUGUUGUGAAACUGUUCCAUUUAAGUUAGGCUAAAUACUUGAAAUGAGAUUGUUUGUUGUGCCAGUGAAUCAUCAUAUCAUAACAAAUGCAAUAUACAAAGAGAAUGCAGCCAAAGUGACCAUGAUAGGCAAUUGUAUUAGUGUACUGUUCAUUAUACGCACAAUUAUGCUGUUCAACUGUGUGUAGAAAUAAACAUUUGUAUUUAUAGUGCAUGUCUGACUCAUACGUUGUAG